AUGCAGGAGACAUCGUUCGUUGUGACGGUCUCCCUCGCAGCCGGGGCCAUCUCCCUUAUUGGCUCACUGCUCCUCCUUCCACGGCUCUACUGGGAAAUGGUAGAUCUCAAAGAAGAGGUUUUUGGAGCAGUUGAGAGUUUUAAGGUUGAAACAGAUUCGUCGUGGAUUGAGCUGAUGACCGUACAGGUUUCUCACUCACCACCCUCAAAACCUCGCGAAAACCCUCUUGUAAGCAGGGUGAAGAGGACUGUUUCAUUUGCUGGCUUGCCCGAAUGGUGCCACUGUGAUUUGGUGCCAACAUGUCCGCCAGGACCACCAGGACCUCCAGGACCAGCGGGAGAACCUGGAAGUAAGUACAUAAAUUCUAAUUAAAA